GAAAAAAUGCCGUAAAACCAAAUGAUUUGGUUAAAAAAUCCCCUGUUUUCCUUUGAAACCUUGGCAGGAAGUUUACACUUGUGCAUUUCUUGGGGUCAAAGUGGAGAAGGUGAUGCUUUGAAGCCUCCAGCAGAACCAGAAGACGCAGUUUAAUCAAAUCUGAAGACUUCAGUUCAUCUCUGAUCUGCAAACGUUGUCUCCUAAUGGACUAAAACAGGAAAACCAAAAAAUGUUUUUCAUAACCUUUGAAACAGAUCAUUUGUAAUGUAAAUAAUCUCUGAACGAGAAGUUGAGGUUCUCUAAAUCUGCUCUAAGGUGCAGAACCUGUGGCUGUGCUGAGGGGUUUCGGUGGGCUGAGACCUGCUUGUUUAUGAGAGCGCGCUGUCUCUGCGGCUGUCAGAGAUGUUCCAGUGUAGAUGUGGGUUACACUGUAGCUGCAGGCCUCGAAGCUCUCAGAGAAAAUGCGAACAGACGUCUCUUUUCAAACCCUUUGAUUGACAGAAACAGCAGUUUUUCCAGGUUUGAGCUGCUUCUGGAAGGACGUGUCGGUGACGUUUUCUUGCCGGUCAGUGUCGGGGCCAGCUCUCCUGAGCUCUGCGCCCACGCCCUCUAUGUGAGCAGGUCGGCGUGAUGAGUUCUGCUCAGGAAGUGAGAGCUGACAGGAACAUGUCCAUCUUUACGAGCAGCCAGCGCGAAACCACUGCGCUGAGGUUCAAGCUGGGAGUUUGAAGAUGUGGUUUAGCUUUGCCUCUGCCGUUUCCGUCCCUCCGUGUGAAGUCUUCUUCUCAUGACCUGGUUGAAUGAAGAACCAACAGGAUUUUAUCAGAGACCCAGUCCUGACAGCUUCUGCACCCUCAACCAGCUCUGGUUUCACAUCUGCUAACCCCUUCAUGUCAGCAGAGGAACCAGGGAAGGCCAUGAUGGAGGAGGCUCUUAGACCUCAAACUUUUUGUUCUCGGCGCUUCAGCUUCACAUUCUGCCAGCAUGGCUCGCUGUGACGCCUGCUUUCUUCUGCUUCUGCGCCUGUCUCUGUGCUUCAACUCUGAAGUAACUCUGGUGAAAACGGUGAGAGGAGAUCCAGACGUGACUCCCGUCUGCUCUGGAGCCACGCUGCAGAACAUCACGCUGAUGGUCUGCAAGAUCCGGACCAAGUGGAGGAGAGAAGGCUGCAGAGUUCACUAUCAACACCAGCAGAACUUCAGUUCUGAAUGCGGCUCACGGUUCCGGUUGGUAACAGAGAACCAGACGAUGUUUCUGCAGAUGACUAACCUGAGGGUGGAGGACGGCGGGAACCACACCUGUGAGUGCUCCCACCGCCACGGCAACGACGUGCUGCACCUGCAGGUCACCGUGGAGGAAGAUGCAAAGGAAGGGGGCGUGUCUGAUGUGAGCGUGCUCGGGGUCACCACAGCGGUCAGCUCCGCCUCCGGUCUCUUCAUGGUGGCUGCAGCGUUACUGGGACUUUUUCUAAGGAAAGUGGCUUUCAGAGCUCAGCGACAGUCGGAGCUCCAGAGACCGUCUAGCAAAGGUGAUGAAGACUCCACGUAUGCCAGCCUUCAGCAGCCAACGGGUGACCUCUACCAGACUGUGGAGAGAUGUGGCCCCGCCCCCAAGGUCCCACGAGUCAUGUGGGUCAAACAGGAGGAUGAAGACUCUGAGAUCUAUGAAAACCUGUGAGGAUGUUUCCUCCAGAAAUCAAUUUUUUUUGUUUCUCAGAUGGAAUUUAAAUGUGAAUUAUAACUAAUACAUAUUUUUCAGAAGAGUAAUGCAGGAUUUUCACCUGGGACUUAAUGUGUUCAUGUCUUCUCAUGGAGAAUAGGAACUGAUCAUGUGACACAAGGGGGAGGAUCCUUGUUAAAUGAUGAAGGAACGUUUGUUUUUCCACAUAACAGUCUUUGAAACUUGAAUAAAAUGUUGCUAAUC